GGUGGAAUGUCUCCCUCUCUAUCAGCUACUCCUAUUAUUACCUCUGCGAAACUGAACUGGAAAAAUUACUCCUCUUGGUCAGCUUCGGUGGAGUUGUGGUUUCUUGGUCAAGGUUAUCAUGAUCAUCUUGAAAAAGAGGUCUCUAAUAUUUCAGAGGAAGAGAAACCUAAGUGGCAGAAAUUGGAUUUUCAGUUGUGUGCUGUUUUAUGGCAAUCAGUUGAGCAAGAGGUCUUAGACAUUUUGAGACCUUACAAGACAUGUUUCUCUUUUUGGAAAAGGGCACAAGAUAUUUUUGCUAACGACAUUCAACGCCUCUUUGAUGCAACUCAAAGAGUAGCCUCACUCAAACAAAUCAAUCAUGAUAUGGUUUCUCAUAUAGGAAAGGCUAGGGCUGCAGUAGAAGAAUUGAAGAGUUUUUUUGUGGCUGAUUCAUUAGAAGAUAUCAACAAAAAACUUGAUAAGUUUUACAUGGUCUUAAUUCUGAGGAGCCUACACUCGACUUUUGAUCAUGUGCGUGAUCAAGUUUUAGCCGGUGAUCAAAUCCCUUCGAUGGACAACUUAGUUACUAGACUUCUUCGUGUACCUACAUUGGUCAAAGAUGAAAGUUCAACUGAUGUUUUUGAAACAUCAGCAAUGGUAGCACCACGAGGAAGAGGAGGAGGUCGGAGCAACCGUGGAGGACGUGGUGGUCGAAGUGGGCAUCCUCAAUGCUCAUAUUGUAAUAGAAUGGGCCAUACCCAAGACAAGUGUUAUUCCUUACAUGGUUUUCCCGAUAAAGCUGCUCAUGUGUCCAAGUCUGAUCAUUCAGAAUCUAGAAUUUCUGAUGAAGAGUACCAAGAAUUCUUGAGGUACAAAUCUGAGAAAUCCAACAAUCCUGGCCCAUCCUCUUCAAUGUCAACUGCAUGCAUCUCUCAAUCUGUGGAAGGUCUUAGUCCAUGGAUUCUUGACUCAGGAACAUGGUACGGGUCGUCUGAUUGGAGAAGGACAUGAGUCACGGGGACUUUAUUUCCUAAAACCAAGCUCCUCAGUAUCUUGUUUUGCAACUUCAUCCCCAAAACUUUUGCAUGAUCGUUUAGGUCACCCAAAUUUGUCUAAGUUGAAGAUGAU